UCGAGGCAUAUUAUUUAAUCUCUCGAGUGCCACGCUAGUUUUUUUUCUACACAUACAUAUAUCCCAAGAAAAAUUAAGCAACGAUUCAAGAAGAAAAUGGGUUCUGAACUUGAAGCUCCCAUUCACGUCCUCAUGGUGUCCUAUCCAGCACAAGGACACAUAAACCCUUUGCUCAGACUAGGUAAGUGCCUUGCUGCAAAGGGCUUAUUUGUAACCUUCACCACCUCAGAGACCGCUGGUAAAAACAUGCGAACCGCCAAUAACAUCACUGACAAAUCAGUGAUUCCUGUCGGCGAUGGUUUUCUCAAGUUCGAUUUCUUUGAAGAUGGCAUGGCAGAUGAUGAUGAUGGUCCCAAGAAGAUAAAUCUCGGUGAUUUCAGUGCACAGCUUGUGCUUUUCGGGAAGCAAUACGUUUCCCAAAUGAUCAAGAAGCAUGCUGAAGAAAACCACCCAUUUUCUUGCAUCAUAAACAACCCUUUUGUUCCAUGGGUUUGUGACGUAGCUGCUGAACAUGGUAUUCCUUCUGCCAUGUUAUGGAUUCAAUCCAGUGCUGUCUUCACCGCUUACUACAGCUACUUCCACAAACUGGUAAGUUUUCCUUCAGAUUCAGAUCCUUAUGUUGAUGUUCAAUUGCCUUCCGUAGUCCUUAAACACAACGAAGUUCCAGAUUUUCUGCAUCCUUUUAGUCCAUAUCCAUUUCUGGGGACACUCAUAUUGGAACAGUUUAAGAAUUUGUCCAAGCCUUUCUGUGUGUUGGUGGAUAGUUUUGAGGAACUAGAGCAUGAUUACAUAAACUAUCUUACAAAGUUUGUGCCCAUAAGGCCCAUCGGUCCUUUGUUCAAGACCCCAAUAGCAACAGGCACAAGUGAAAUCCGAGGUGAUUUUAUGAAGAGUGAUGAUUGCAUAGAGUGGCUUAACUCGAGGGCCCCAGCAUCUGUGGUAUAUAUAUCUUUUGGGAGUAUUGUGUAUCUGCCUCAAGAACAGGUAACUGAAAUAGCGCAUGGACUAACGAAUUCGCAUGCCUCGUUUUUGUGGGUGUUGAAGCCACCUCCUAAGAAUUUCGGGGUUCCACCUCAUGUUCUGCCAGAUGGGUUCUUUGAGGAGACAAGAGAUAAAGGCAAAGUUGUGCAGUGGAGUCCACAAGAGGAAGUGUUGGCUCAUCCUUCGGUGGCAUGCUUCUUGACACAUUGUGGUUGGAACUCUUCAAUGGAAGCACUCACUUUGGGAGUGCCAAUGUUGACAUUUCCAGCAUGGGGUGACCAAGUCACGAAUGCAAAGUUUUUGGUGGAUGUGUUUGGAGUGGGGAUUAAACUGGGUUAUGGGAAGGCUGAAAAGAAAGUGGUGAGCAGAGAAGAGGUAAAAAAGUGCUUAUUGGAAGCUACAGAAGGGCCAAAAGCAGACGAGUUGAAACAAAACGCGCUCAAGUGGAAGAAGGAUGCAGAGACCGCGGUGGCUGUAGGUGGCUCAUCUGCCAGAAAUCUCGAUGCAUUUGUGAAAGAAAUUAAAAAACGUGGAGCUGUUGGGGUCAGCGGGAGAUAAGUCUAUACCUUUAUUAAUUAUUAUGUCACUCCCUUCAUGAAAAAAAAGAGAGUAAAAAAGUGGAAUAGAUCGAUAACCUUUAAUUUGUACUUUGUAGCGUGGAAUACAUAAAUUAAAUGCUGAUAUAUAGCUCCGUGUUACAUUAACACAUGCAAAUGCUAAAUAAAGGUAUUAAAAAACGUGGAGCAGUUGGGGUCGGCGAGAUAUAACUAAGUCUACCUUUAUGCCCCUUCACGAUUCAUUAUUGCAUUGCAUGUAUAACCUUAAUAAAAUUUAUUCAGGAGGAACUACCUUCUCUUCCAAUUAAGAAGAUUAUGAUCGUGAUUAGAUGUUUCUGGAUAGAAAUGUAUUUCUUUUGGUGUAAAAUUGGUUGCAAUUAAUGUUGAUUGAUCAGUUGAAAUGA